UGCCAGAGGGAGGAGAGCCCGGUUGCCACGUGGCGGCUUCUUCUGCAGUCGGCUCCCCCCUAAGGACUACAGGCCCCGCUCUGAUCUAUUCUCUUCCUUAGAGCCGGGUUGGCCAAGUUCCCUGAAAACACCUAAGCUGGUCCCAUUAUUUGGUCAGGCAAACUGAGGUCCAGAGAAGAGCCGCAACACAGAGGUUGACAGUAACAGGGAAGACCUUGGGACUACAGGCUUCAAGAGCUGAUCGCAAUAUGUCUUCAGGAAAUGCCAAAAUUGGGCACCAUGCCCCCCAGUUCAAAGCGACUGCUGUAAUGCCAGAUGGUCAGUUCAAAGAUAUCAGCCUAUCUGACUACAAAGGAAAAUAUGUUGUGUUCUUCUUUUACCCUCUUGACUUCACCUUUGUGUGCCCCACGGAGAUCAUUGCUUUCAGUGAUAAGGCAGAAGAAUUUAAGAAACUCAACUGCCAAGUGAUUGGUGCCUCUGUGGAUUCUCACUUCUGUCACCUGGCAUGGAUCAACACACCCAAGAAACAAGGAGGACUGGGACCCAUGAACAUUCCCUUGAUAUCAGACCCCAAGCGCACCAUUGCUCAGGACUAUGGGGUCUUAAAGGCCGAUGAAGGCAUCUCAUUCAGGGGCCUUUUUAUUAUUGAUGAUAAAGGUAUUCUUCGACAGAUCACCAUAAAUGACCUUCCUGUUGGCCGUUCUGUGGAUGAGACACUGAGACUAGUUCAGGCCUUCCAGUUUACUGACAAACAUGGGGAAGUGUGCCCAGCUGGCUGGAAGCCUGGCAGUGAUACCAUCAAGCCUGAUGUCCAGAAGAGCAAAGAAUAUUUCUCUAAGCAGAAGUGAGCACUGGGCCAUUUUAGGGCCAGGCUGCAGUAGGUGGCCAUGAGAACAAAACCUCUUUUGUACUAUUGUCAUGCUUAAAACACAAGACCUUACACUCAGCCCAGAUGUGCUGUGGGACAGGACAGGCCUUUCCUGCAGGGGUUGGGGAGGCCAGCCUUUCUUCCUCUGGAGGGAAUGGCCUGAGCUGUAUUAUGGGGCAGGCAAACUGAUGUGUAUAGUAGUAGGGUAUCACUUUUGGUCUUUUGUAGUUUUAUUAAACUUGAGCUGAGA